AAGGAUUAUCUAAUGAGAACUUUGAGUUAAGAGUCAGGGAUAGAGGGAUAAUGCGAUGUUUUCUUCUUUCUACCUCCAGCCUUACCUGCCUCAUUCUCUUGCCGUACACCCCCUCUCCUUGUUUUAAGAAUUUGAGGGAGGGAGGGAGGGGGCAGAAGAAUUCCCUUUUUCAUUGAAUUCUGCCUGCUUCUCAUCUAUGUUGAAUUACAGUUAUAGUUCCAAGCAGGUUUCCAACCAGAGCCGACAUGGAGCGUCCUGAGAGAAGGCUAUAUGGUGCUUUCCUGCUUUUUUUGCCUCUUCUGACUGUCAGCUGUGUCUCCAAUCAAAAAUCUACAGUGUCCUGGUGUGUGGUGUCGGAUGCUGAGGAGCAGAAGUGUUUGGAUCUGGCUGGCAAUGCUACCGCCCAGAAAGUUCGAGGAACACUGCUGUGUGUCCGUGGCCUGAACACUGUGGACUGCAUGGAGAAAAUCAAGAAUGGGACAGCAGAUGCAGCCUCCAUGUUUGCAGAUGACAUCUAUGCGGCUGGACUCUGCCAUGGCCUCGAGCUGGCGGCAGGAGAGUCCCAUAAUGGCAAGGAUGGUAUCAGUUACUAUGUGGUGGCGAUGGCCCGCCGGUCCUCCUCGGACCUGUCCUUGUUGGAGAUGCAUGAGCGCAGCUCCUGUCACCCUGGAAUAAGAACCACAGUGGGGUGGACUGUUCCCAUUGGCUACUUGGUCAACACGUCCCAAAUCAGUGUAGGAGAGCAGUGCAACUUCCCCAGAGCUGUGGGAAACUUCUUUGGUUACAGCUGUGUGCCUGGUGUUAAGGACCCUCAGCACGAUCCCAGAGGCAACAACCCGAAGAAUCUUUGCGAGGCCUGCAUAGGAGACGAGAACGACAGACACAUCUGUGCCAACAGCCACAAAGAGAGGCAUUAUGGAGAGGCAGGGGCACUGAGGUGCGUGGCUGAAAACCUUGGCGAUGUUGCUUUCGUCAAACACACAACAAUCUUUGACAACUCGGAUGGUAAGAAUCAGGAGUCCUGGGCCCUGGAUCUGGAGCUGGAGGACCUCAAGCUGCUGUGUCCAGAUGGAACUGAAGCAGGCCUGGAUGAGUAUGAGCGAUGCCACCUGGCAGCGGUCCCUGCCAACGGCGUGGUGGUGCGCGUGGAGGAUAAGUGCCGAGUCUGGAAGUACCUGGAACGUUUACAGAAUAUGUUUGGCAACGCCACUGUGGGCUUCAGUCUGUUCAGUUCAGCAGGCUAUGGCCAAUCCGAUCUACUCUUCGGCGAUGCCACCCACCACCUGCAGAGAGUUCUGGGUAGCUACACCUCUUGGCUCGGCCCUUCUUACACCACCAUGCUGCAAGCCUUCGAGUGUGAGGGAUUUUGCUGAUGGAAGAGGGGGGGAGAGAUCCAGCGCAUCAACUUCCGCCCCAUCCCACCUCCUCCAUCCUCCAGUUCUGCUGUUCUCCUUACCAUCUGCGUCCUUCAGUCUCACUAUCUCUCCUUUUUGUAUAGCUUUUCUUCGUUGUUUUUCUCAUUUCUUAAUACCAGCCAAAUCUCUGUAAUUAUACCUCUGCCCUCCUCCAACUUAGCGUGUCCUCUAAUAUGCUGGCUCGCCGGGUAGGACAAUGUUAAGAGGGGCUAAUCAGCUAUUGAAAUGUCCAUGAAACCGAGCUAAGCAUUAAUAAACAGACAGGAAAGAAUGAGUAGAGAAUUUAGAGUAAUAGGAUAGGAUUUUAUGAUAAUAGCGGUGCAAAUAUACACAUAACAGACCGUUGUGCUUCUGGUGUUACCAACAGAUUAUCACUUUUCAUAUUGGAUUUUUUUUUUCAGGACUAAAAACAUUAACGAUGCAUUCCCAUUCUUAUUUACCGUUUCUACCUUCCAUGUUUGUCAGGAAAUUGCAUCCCUUUCCAGCAUCGGCCUCCCACCUUCUCCCAACAGGGUCUGUCUCUGGCACUGAACAACUGGGUGCUAUUAACUUUGAGCUUAGGUAUCUCAGUUACUGUAUGUGUGUGUGAGUGUGUGAAAAAACAUACACUUUCCCACAGCCAUUAUUGCCCUAAUUGGCAGUCUGGCAUUUUAUACUGUUUGUGUGAGACACAUAAAGUGUCCGUGCCUGUGUUCGUGUGCUUAUGUGGCGGCAUGUGUGUGGAUAGGAUCACUCCUUUCCCAUGGCUCAUAUAGCUCACUACUUUGGGUCACUGCUUUCUCACGUUUGGUAUGGUGGACCGGACUGUGCCAGCUCACUGUUUAUUGUAACACUACACGGUAUGCAGAAUAAUUCAGGCUUGGGUUGCCUCACGAGAACCAAGAGCGACUCUUAAGGAAAACCUUAUUUUCUGUCUACAUCAUUAGAUUUUUCCCACACAGGUUUGCAGAAAAAGAAAAAUCCUUUCAUCCUUUGCUUUUAUAUAAAUUGUUUUUUCUUCUCUAUUAUGUCAUCUAUACUUCAACACUGCACGGAUAGCGAGAUAUUGAUAAUGAUAGAAAGAAAACGUUACUAACAGGAGGAUGCUAGAGGGUGGGCUUCCCUUUAGAUGUUAGUCAUAUCAGAUUUGUAUGAAGGCAUGGCGAUUAUUUAUUUUUCUGACAUGUUUAAAGCACCAAAGCUGUAGAAUCACAGUACAAUCACCAACCAGUUUAUGGGCUUUACUCGACCUAAUGAAUCCUGAGCUGUAAAAGAGCACAUUAGCUUAGAAUUCUGUACAUUCCAUCCACCAUCAUUUUUGUCCAACCAGUACUGCACCUCUGAGCAGGAUGACGUUCUCUUUGUCUAGCUGUGCUUUUAUAGCUCACCAAUUUGGAAAACCGAACAGCUGGCAUGCCAGACCCAGUUGCUGGCUUUUGAAGGACUCUGCUUUGAAAGAAGACCUUGUAACUUAACAUCUGUUUGCCACUUUUGCUCCAAAUCAACUCUGGUUUGUAAUAUUGGUGCUGUUUGUUUCCACGCUGUUGUCUUUAAACAAGGCUUAAUGUAAAUCGUCCUCACUGCCUGAAUGGGUUGAGCAAAUUUUCUUUUUUUUUAUCAACCAAUUAAAUGAACCAUGAUAAAGAAAAUAAUCUUCUCUUUUUCUCUAGUUGAUUUCUAAUCAUCCCGACACAGCUAUAUGAUAUCCGUGUAGAAAUUACUUUUGCUUGAUAUCUUUCUUCUUGCUCCAUCAAACACUCUCAGUGCUUCCGUCUCUCAUGCACAUGUACAAUCAGAAGCAGGCUGUUUCCCCCUCUUUUCCUUGUUCCUUCUGGGAAAACAAAGCUAUGAACAAACAGUGACAUUAGGAUGUGGAAAAAAACAAGCAAAAAACAGCGGAACUAUUGAAACCAAGCACACACAGGCCUUCACUCAGAAACUAGCUCAAUCAGAAAAUCUCGAACGAGCAAGAGAGACGGCUUACAGAUAUACCGUCAACAUAGGUGGUCCCCAGAAAGAAA